CCUCCUCCUCCUCCUCCUCCACAGAGCAAUUAGAUAUAAAGAACUGGUUAUCAAUUUUCUCGUCACAAUCAAUUUCACAAUGGAGCACUACAAGGCACCGCUCGUUCUUGCUUUGCUGGGAUUGGCUGCAGCAAGUGUCGUGUCCAGGGAUGACAGGGCAAAGGAGACCCACAUCACCCUGGCGCUGGACUGGGCCAUGAACUGGGGCACGUGGGGGCCGCAGGAGUUUUGUCCUGAGGGAACCUUCGCCUACGCCUUCGAAAUCAAGGUGGAGCCUGAGGAUAGCAAUGAUGACACCUCCAUGAACGGCAUUCAGCUCUAUUGCCGCUUGCCAAUGGACGCGGGUCACGACGGACUCCCGCCGAGGAAAGGAGCCAGGGAAUUCUCCAUCACAUCUAACGUGGCACGAUGGGGGAACUGGCGAGGCAUGAGGUCGUGCACUGAGGGUCUACUGACGGGCCUCAAGAUGAAGAGCGAGGAAGACCAAGGAUUCUUCGUUGACGACACUGCAGCGAACGACCUUGAAAUGCAGUGCAACCACUCCACCACGACCCUGAACGGAGGAGGCAACCAUUGGGGAUUCUACAGCAGCUGGGCCACGUGUCCCGAGGGCUGGGCCAUCUGCGGCCUGAUGACCCGUGUGGAGGCCGAGAGUGCCACAGACGACACGGCACUCAACGAUGUCAGAAUGUACUGCUGUCAGGUCUGAUUGAAGCGUCUGAUGUGAUCCCUCCCUGCCCCUUCCCAUCCCGUCCAACAAAAACAGAAAACUCCUCACUGGUUCGUUGUUAAGGUUAAUAUACCCUCGAAUCACUUUUCUUCCUCGGGUCACUGCUAAAAUCGUAGUCCAGGGAAUAAAACUGAUCACAAUCCUUAAA